AUGGUGAUCAUUAUUCCAACAGUUGUAAAAUUCGUCCGAGCCAAGAAGAAACCAGUUGUCGCUCGUAUUUCAACGACAACGACGGUUUCAACAGCAAUGACAUCAACAACAGGAAAUGCGAAAAAUUCCAUGUGGAAACAAGAAGGAGUUACAGUAGCUGGAGGAAAUGGACCAGGUGAUCGAACUGAUCAGUUAAAUAGUCCAUUGGGUUUCACAAUCGAUGAUAAUUUGACACUUUAUAUUGUUGAAGAGACAAAUAAACGAGUUGUCAAGUGGAUAUUCAAUUCAACGAAUGGUGAGGUUAUUGUCGGAGGAAUCUUUCCCAAUGAGAAACUGAUGAGAUUAGCUCAUCCGAUUGAUGUUGUUAUCGAUGAAAAUGAUCUUAUUGAUUUUUUGUUCGCUUGUGCAUGUUUUAGUUUAGCAAUUGAUCUUCAUGGAACGAUAUUCAUUGUUGAUGUUGUUGAAAGUGCGAUUAAACAAUGGAAAAAAGGAGAAUUUCAAGCAAGAAUAAUAGCAGGUGGAAAUAAUCGUGGAGAUGGUUUAAAUCAGUUGAAUGAACCUCGAUAUUUAAGUGUUGAUCGAGAUUCUUCACUUUAUAUCUCAGAUACAUUUAAUAAUCGAAUUAUGAAAUGGAUUCCAGAUGAAAAAGAAGGUGUUAUCGUUGCUGGAGAAGGUGCAGAGAAUAAUCUCACAGAUUUAUCUUAUCCAGCUGGAUUAAUCUUUGAUGAUUUUGAUAAUAUUUAUGUAAUUGAUAGUAGAUACGUACGAGUGACACGUUUUGCUUUGAAAUCUCGAGAAAAAACUGUUAUUGUUGGCGGACGUGGAGCGGGAAAUGCUUCAUAUCAAUUACACGACCCACAAGACAUUUUAUUCGAUCGAUAUGGAAAUCUUUAUGUUGCUGAUACUUUCAAUCAUCGAAUACAAAAAUUUUAUCUUGAGAAUUGA